UUUUAUAAAAAAUUUUCAUUUUAAUUAUUCUGUAAGCUAGAUUAGAAAAAAAUGUUCUUAAAAUUACCUUUUGUAAUUGAAAGUGGAUUAUUUAUUUUGAUCAUUGGAUUUAUUUCUUCAACUUCUAUCAAGAAUGAUUCAAAUCAAAGUCAUUGUAUCGAAUAUAAACAGCUGUGCUUUCCCGAAAUAACGACUAAAUGCUGUAGCUCAAAUAUGACGUGCAGACCACAUGGCUUCCAUAAUUUAUUUAUUUGCAAGGAAAAAGCCCAAUUAGGACAAUUUUGUAAUAUUCAUGAUGAUUGCCAUGAACUUAAACACGCAGAAUGUUCAAAUGAUAAAAAAUGUGUUUGUUCUGUUGAUUAUUUUGAAACAAAUAAUAGGUGUGCUCCGUUCUUGAAUGCAUACUGCAACAAUCGAGAUGAAUGUGUUACUGAAAAUUCUAUUUGUUUUGGUAAUCGUUGUCAAUGCAUAGAUGAAUAUUUUGCUCAUUCUUAUAAUUCAUGUUUACCCACUCAUUUAGGUAUGCCAUGCGAAAGUCACGGUCAAUGCAAUCAAACAAUAAAAAAUUCAGAAUGUUCUCCAUCGAAAAAUUGCAUUUGUGCUGUAAAUUAUUAUCUAAAAAAUGGUGCAUGUUUACCAGGUAUUAAUGAACAAUGUGAGAGUGGUGAACGGUGUGAGAUUGAACAUUCCUAUUUGUUUCUAUAUAAAUCCUGUAAAACUGAUAUUGACUGUCAAGUGAUCGAGAAUUCAAAAUGCUCGAGAGAUGAAAAAUGUGAAUGUAAAAAAAAAUAUAGACCGAGAGAUGGAGUAUUGUGUGAGCUGGUUGCUGGAAGAUUUUGUUCUACAGUUCAAGAUUGCGUGGUUAUUAAUUCUGAGUGCAUUAAUAAUGAAUGUAAAUGCGUAUCCAAAUCUUUAUCGUCAACCAAUGAUUUAUGUUUACCGAAUAUAAUUGGACAAUCAUGUUUUAACCACAGUGAUUGUCAAUUACUAACCAACGUACAUUGUUCAGUAGAAAAUAAAUGUACUUGUAACCAAGGUUAUGUACAAUUUAAUUCUACCACAUGUAAAUCGUUAUUAAAUGCUUUCUGUUGGGAAAGUGAUGAAUGUAUGCCAAUUAAUUCAUUUUGUAUUGAUAAUAGGUGUAAAUGUAGAUCUGGAUAUAUAGGACAGUAUAGAGAAAGAUGUAUAUCUGAACAUUUAUAUCGGACUUGCCAUAACAACACUCUUGAAAAGGUAUUAGAUGGAAAAGACACUACAUUACUUGUAUAUUUUUUGGGUAGUUAUUGUAUGAAUAAUUCCUACUGUGCGAUUCCCAACUCUCUUUGUAUUGAUUUUAGUUGUCAAUGUAAAACUCAUUUUGUUCAAUCUAGUAAUCAGUGUAUAUUGGCAUCAUUGGGUAAACCAUGUAAUUAUAAUUAUGAUUGUCGUAACAUAAAAAAUGGCCAGUGUUCAAAAGAUAAAUUUUGCGCUUGCAAGGAUAAUUAUUUUGAACUAUAUAGCUAUGAAUGUGCACCUAAUUUAGGCAGUUAUUGUGUCACUAAUGUUGAUUGUCAUAUUUAUUCAUCUUUAUGUAUUGAUAAUAAGUGUCAAUGCAAAUCAAAUUUUACAUCUGUAUCCGCCAGUCAAUGUGUACUAUCAUCAACAGUAAAUUCGUGUAAUCAGGAUUUAGAUUGUGGUGAGCCAUGGCAUUCAAUUUGUUCGGACGAUCGAAAAUGUAUUUGUAAAUCAAAUAGUAUUGCAUCAAAUCGUUGGACAUGUUCACCAACUUUGGGUGGAUAUUGUUGGAAAAAUGAUCAAUGUAUUACCCAAAACGCUGUUUGUAAUGAUUUUCAUUGUGAAUGCAAAUUUCCAUUCGUACGAAUAUCGAAUACUAAAUUCGAAUUAGGAAAAUUUUGUAUAAUAGAUAAUGAUUGUGAUGUUAAAUGGCAUGCGAAAUGUUCAAAAGAUAAUGAAUGUGUUUGUCAACCAAACACUAUAGUACUAGAUAAUGCAGCAUGUGGACCUAUAGUAGGAGAACCAUGUUGGGAAAAUGAACUUUGUGGAACUGAAAAUUCUGAUUGCAUUGAUAAUGUAUGUCACUGCAAACAAAAUUAUCUAAAACAAUCCGAUAAUCAAUGUUUGCCCAUGCUUUUGGGAACAUCGUGCGAUGACGAUAUGAUUUGUAAGAAAAUUAAGUUUGCGUCGUGUACGGAAGAAAAAAUUUGUGGCUGUAUAUUAAAUACCAUGGAAUUGAAUCCAUCAAAAUGUGCUUCACUUCUUAAUGGUUAUUGUUGGUCAGACAACGAAUGUGUACUUAUUAAUUCUCAUUGUGAUGACAAUAAAUGUAAAUGCAAACCAAAAUUUUUUCCUCGAUCCAAUAUUGAGUGCAUACCAGGAUAUAUAAAUAUGACUUGUAGUAAUAAUAUACAAUGCAGUCUUGGGAUUAAAUAUUCGCAAUGUUAUAAAAAUAAAUGUAUUUGCGAAUCAAAUUAUGGAUCCGUAAAUGGAACACAAUGCGGAGCAUUUUACAAUAUGAAGUGUUUGCAUAAUGAACCAUGUGCAACUCCAAAUGCUGUUUGCAUUGAUAACAAGUGUCAAUGCACAUCUAAAUAUACUUAUCGGGCCGACAAAUGUGUACCAACACAUUUAGAGGAACCUUGUAAAUACGAUGAAGACUGCAAUGAAAUAAAGAACGCAAAGUGUUCGAUUGAUAAUAAAUGUGUUUGUAAAGAAGGUAAUGAACAAUUAAAUAUUAACCUAUGCGCAUCUAAAUUAGGUGACUUUUGUUCAUCAAAUAGUGAGUGCACUAUCAAUGACUCUGUUUGCGUCAAUAAUCAGUGUCAAUGCAAGCCCAAUUAUGUUUCGAAAUCGACUGAUCAAUGUAUCGCGGCUUUUUUGGGACGAGUAUGUUCUGAGGAUAAAGAUUGUAUCGAGAUAAUGUACGCCGAAUGUUCUAAAAAAAAUCAAUGUGUUUGUAAGUCAAACUUCGGUAAAAUCAAUCAAACAGCAUGCGCACCAUUAUUGGGUGAAUAUUGUUGGAAUGAUAAUUUAUGUGGAUCGAAGAAUACUGUCUGCAUUGAUCACAUUUGUCGAUGCAAUUCUAACUUCAUUGAAUUCAAUAAUGAAUGUAUUCUCAAUUAUUUAGGGUCAUUUUGUAAAAUCGAUGAAGAUUGUGCAACAAUACUGCAUGCAAAGUGUUCAAAAGAUAAUAAAUGUGUUUGUAGAUCAAACAAUGUUGAACUAAAUGAAACGAUUUGUGCACCGCUACUAAAUGAAUUCUGUUGGACAAAUGAAAAAUGUGCACCAGAUAAUUCCUAUUGUAUUAACAAUCAAUGCCAAUGCAAAACUCACUAUUUACAAAAAUCAAAUAAUGAAUGUCUGCCUGGUUACUUGCAAAGGACAUGCAUAAAAAAUAGCGAUUGUGAUGCAGCUCUACAUGCAACUUGUUCAAUACAUGGCAAAUGUAUUUGUAAUGAAAAUUACGUAUUAUUCAAUGACACAAUUUGCGCACCACUUUUAUAUGAGUACUGUCGAGAUGAUGAAUCAUGUGCUACCACUAACGCGAUUUGUAUUUCUAACAGGUGUCAAUGCGAAUCUUACUAUGUAUCGCAAUAUAAUAAUUAUUGCAAACCAACACGUUUGGGCAUUCCUUGCAUGCAUGAUACUGACUGUGAUGGAAUAAAACAUUCACGAUGUUCGAUGGAUAAAAUAUGUAUUUGUGAAAACAAUUACGCUAGAAUUAAUGAAAGAAAGUGUGCACCACUAAUCGGAGGGUUUUGUUCAGCAGAUGAACAUUGUAUAACAGAGAAUGCAGUUUGUGUUGAUAAUCGAUGUCAAUGCAAGUUAGAUUUUGUUCCCAUAUCGAAUAAACAAUGCAUACUUGAAUUUGUGGAAAAAUAUUGCCGCACAAACGAUGAUUGUGAGGAAAUAAGUAAUUGUGAAUGUACAACAGCCAACAAAUGUAUGUGUAAACCACAUCAUUUCGCAGUAAACAGAACAAUUUGUGCACCUUUUUUAGGAAGAUCUUGUUUAAAUGAUGAUGAUUGUAAUAAUAAUACUGUUUGUAAUCUCAAUAAAUGUCAAUGUAAGCAUAACUAUGUACCUAAAUCGAAUUAUCAAUGUAUACCACUUUCCAUGGGUGGAAAAUGUAAUGGGAAUGAAGAUUGUGUAAAACUAAUAAAUACUAUAUGUUCACCUUUUGAAGUUUGUGUUUGUGAUCAUAAUAAUAUUGCAAUAUCUGAAAACAAAUGUUCACCAAUUAUUGGUGGAUCCUGUUCAAAUGACAAUCCUUGCUAUUCUGAAACAAUGGAUUGUGUUAAAAAUAAGUGUCAAUGCAAAGUUGGUUUUUCAUCUGUCUCAGAUAGUCAAUGUGUAGCAGCUCAUUUGUUGUAUGGUUGUCGUGAAAAUGAAGACUGUAGUGAUCCGUGGCAUGCUAAAUGUUCUAAAGAUAAUAAAUGUGUUUGUAGAUUCAACAAUAUUGAAGUACAUAGAUUAACAUGCUUACCGUUAUUGAAUGGCAAAUGUUGGAAAGAUGAUCAAUUAUUUUUGGGAAUGCCUUGUAAUAUAAAUAAAGAUUGUGAUGAAAUAUGGGAUGCUAAAUGUUCAGCUGAAAAAAAAUGUGUUUGUAGAUUAAAUUAUGUUGAAUAUAAUUCAACAAUAUGUUUGCCAUUAUUAGGAGAAUUUUGUUUGAAAUCUUAUAAAUGUUUAGUCAAUCAUUCGGAUUGUAUUGACAAUCUCUGUAAAUGUAAAGAUGGUUAUAGAUCACGGUCAAAUAAUAAAUGUAUACCAAAUAUAAUGGAAUCACCUUGUGUCAAUGAUACUAUUUGUCAAAAUAUUAAGUUUGCUAAAUGUAUAACUGGUCUUUGCAAAUGUUCUUCAAAUACUAUGCUUGUAAAUAAGGCAUAUUGUGCGCCUAUGUUAGAUGGAUUUUGUUGGGAUAAUAAUGACUGUAUUAUUGAUAGUUCAAUUUGUAUUAAUAAUAAGUGUCAAUGUAAAACUGGUUUUACACCUCGGAGUAAUGACAUUUGUAGAGAAGAUCACUUAAAUAUGCCAUGUAUAACUGAUGCACAAUGCAGUCAUAUAGACUAUGCAAUAUGUUCGGGAGAUAAAAAAUGUAUUUGCGAUGCAAACUAUCUUCCACUAGAUGAAACUAAAUGCGCACCGAUAAUGAAUCAGUUGUGUGAGUAUGAUGAACCAUGCGCAAUUAAAAAUUCUAAAUGUAUUAAUAAUAAAUGUCAAUGCAAGCCUAAAUAUACAUCCAAAGCCAAUGAAUGCUUACCAAAAUAUUUAAACGGAUCCUGUGAUGAUAAUAAAGACUGCAGAGAAAUAUUCCAUGCAAAAUGUUCUAAGGAUAAAAAAUGUGUUUGUGACCAGUUUUAUGUUAAAUUAAAUGAAACAAUGUGUGGACUAAAAUUGAAUGGAUUAUGUUUUAAAGAUCAACAAUGCACGGUCUCGCAUUCUUAUUGCAUUGAAAAUCGUUGUAGAUGUAAACCAGAUUAUCUUUCUGUAUCGAAUGACCAAUGUAUUGCAAUUAAAUUGGGGCAGUCGUGUAAUGAAGUUAGUGAUUGUCAAAAAAUCUUGAAUGCAGUAUGUUCAAGUAAUGGACAAUGCCAUUGUGAAUCAAACUAUGUUGAUCUCAAUAAAACUGUUUGUGCUCCAAAAUUGGAUGGGCGCUGUGAAAAUAAUAUACAAUGUGUGACCGCUAAUGCUGUUUGUAUCAAUAAUAAAUGUCAAUGCCAGCCUCACUUCUCAUCACGAUACGAUGAUGAAUGUAUAAUAAAUUAUUUGGGAAUGAUGUGUGAAAAUGAAAAUGAUUGCAAAAGGAUACAAUAUGCAGAAUGUUCAAAAAAUAAAAAAUGUGUUUGUAAAUCGAAUUAUGUUCAAUCUAAUCCAGCGAAAUGUGCAUUAGUAUUAGGUCGAUAUUGUAACAAUAAUAACCAAUGCGCUACUGAUAAUUCAAUUUGUUUUGAAAAUAAAUGUAAAUGCAAAGUUAACUUCGUAAAACGAUCCAAUAAUCAGUGUAUACCAACUUAUUUGCAAGAGGCCUGUAAAGAUAAUGACGAUUGUAAAAAAAUAAAGUUUUCAAUCUGCUCUGAAGAUAAAAAAUGUAUUUGUAACUCAAAUUACAUCUCAAUUAAAAAUUUAAAAUGUGAAGCAGUUAUUAAUGAGUACUGUACCACAAGUGCAGACUGUUUUCCUGAUAAUUCUGACUGUAUUGAUAAUAAAUGUCGAUGUGUUGAAAAUUUCUCAUUUCGGUCUAACAGAGAAUGUACGCCGAUUUGUUCAAAAGAUAACGUAUGCGUUUGUAAAGAUAACUACGUUGAGAUUGACAAUAAUGCUUGUGCGCCACUUUUGAAUGAAUAUUGUAAAACGGGUGAUCAAUGCGCACUCACAAAUUCUAUAUGCAUUGAUAAUAAAUGUCAAUGUAAUGUUAAUUAUGUAUCACGACUAGGCAAUCAAUGUUUACCAACACAUUUGAAUUCAUAUUGUGAACAUGAUACAGACUGCGAUGAAAUAAAAUAUUCAAAAUGUUCAAGAGAUAAUAAAUGUGUUUGUCAAAAUAAUUAUUUUGCAUUAAAUGAAACAACUUGUACACUUUAUUUAGGAAAACAUUGCUCAACUAAUAAACAAUGUGCUAUAAAACAUGCAGUCUGCAGUAAUAAUCAGUGUCAAUGCAAACUUAACUUUAUUUCUAUCUCCAAUAAACAAUGUUUACCACAACUUACAAAAACAUUCUGUCACACAAAUAAUGACUGCAGCGAUGUACUGAAUGCCGAGUGCACGAAUAAUAAAAACUGUGGAUGCAAAACAAACUAUGUUGCAUUAAAUAAUACAAUGUGUGCACCACUUGUAGGUGGAUUUUGUUCGAAAAAUGAAAGUUGUGUUGUAACAAAUUCGAUUUGCAACAAUAAUAAGUGUCAAUGCAAACGUAACUACAUGCGUACAUCUAAUAAUCAAUGUGUUCUUCUUACAUUAGGUAAACCAUGUAUAGAAGAUAUAGAUUGUUCAAUGAUACCACAUUCCGUAUGUUCUAACGAUAAAAUUUGUGUUUGUGAAAUAAAUCAUAUCGCAAUGGAUGAACGAACAUGUGUACCAGUACUUGGCGAAUAUUGUUUAAAUGACGAUCAAUGUCGGUACAAUGAAUCUCAUUGCAUUGAUAAUACGUGUCAAUGUAAACCUAUGUUUUCAUCCGUGUCAAUGAGUCAAUGUGUACCAUCUCAUCAAAAGCAUUACUGCCAUGAAGACUAUGACUGUAGUGAUCCUUGGCAUGGGCAAUGUUCAGCCGAUAAAAGAUGUAGUUGUAAAAUAAAUAAUAUUGCAUUAAAUGAUUGGACAUGUUCACCAACUAUUGGUGGUUAUUGCUGGAAAAAUGAUCAGUGUGUUACAAAAUAUUCUGUUUGUAUAGAUUAUCAAUGUAAAUGCAAGCCUACUUUCGUUGCUGUAGCCAAUAAUUUAUGCUUGCCAGCUUGUGUUGGUUGGAAAUUAGGCAAACCUAGUGACUUUUCUAUUCGUUUUUAUACAUAA